AUGGCAAAGAUUUGCUGGGUUAAGCUUGAAUCCCCAAAGAUACCGGUAUGGCUUCGAAUCCAGCUACGACUGGCCGCCCUUUUUGAUCAAAAUGGAGGAGAAACAUCGUCACCGAGAGUCAACCGUCUCCCAUUUAAUCGAAUCAUCAAAUUCGCCUGCUAUCCGGCUGAGCUUGAAGCCAUGCAAUUUGUUCAGAAAUAUACUACUAUCCCAGCCCCUCGCGUUACCAAAGUGUAUAUGUGUGGAAAGAAGCAGCACCUGGUUAUGGAUGCGGUUGAUGGCCAGACGUUGGACUCUGCCUGGCCAGACCUAACUGAGGAGCAGAGAUUAAAUAUCGUCCAGGAGUUCACGGCAUUUAUACAACAGCUACGAGGCCUUAUUCCGCCUAAAGAAGGGACUAUUGGCUCAACGAGUCUAGGGCCUGGCUAUGAUCAUCGACUCGGAGACCGUCACUUUGGUCCCUUUAAUAAUAUUGCAGACUUCCACUUUUAUGUUCGUCGCGGUGUUUCGCUUGAGUUCUGGGACGAGCCUGUUAAACAGGUCCAUGACCCUUCCAGGUCAUACGCUAUCAAGUAUAGCCAUGCAGACAUAUGUCCUAAUAAUGUGCUAGUCAAGAAUGGAAAAAUUGUCGCGAUAAUCGACUGGGAAUUCGCAGGGUGGUACCCCGAGUACUGGGAAUAUACUAAGAUACAUUACGGGUGGCGACCGUAUCGCAAGGAGUUUUACGAUGCCCUUGGGCAGACGAUGACUACAUACCCAGAGGAGCUCAAAGCAGAGUCUGCUAUCUGGUGCCGUUAUAGUACCUUUCACUAUGACGACCCUAUCCCUGAGAACCAUUCGACGUAG